UUCGCGAUACACUAGAGUACAACUGAUAGUGAAUCACAAGAGUGUCUUAUACAGUAGCCUCUACUAUGGGCAACUGCUGUGCUGUGUGCUGCACCAACCCAGAAUGUGACAACGACGACGGCAGCCGAGCAUUCCUUGGAAAAGACGCACCGGAAGUGUCGGCACCAAGUGAUCCGGCAGCAUCAACAGAUUACGGUGCCGUAGAGAGCAACACAUCCUCAUCUCCCGUCUCUCCAACAGCCUACGAACCGAGCGCCUUUGCUGCCUUAACAUCAGAACAAAACGCAGGAGAGCAAAACGGAGAGAAGGGAGAAGGAAGUGAAACAAGUGCGACAUUGGAAAGAGAUACAGACUCUGGUCAUGAGUCUGAUACCAAUUGCAAGCAGAACGCAGCAGCAUCACCACACGCACCAGUUGAGAAAGAAGUGAUCCAACGUGUGGUUACUCCUCCUUUGACCUCUUGGGACCCACAUAGAGAUGCCAGCGAGAAAUCCAAACUUUUGGAAGGAGAUGAUGAGAGUGCAGGAGAGGAGGAGACUGUGUUUGGUAUCAAUAUGGUUGUGUUGGGGUCAGUUAAGGUGGGCAAGUCGUGUCUUAUCGAGCGCAUGAUCUGGGGGGAGAAAUACAAUUUCGAAGACGAGAAGGAGCCGACGCUGGGAAUAAGAGUUUCUAGAUGUGGAGUUCAGAUUCCUGUUUUGGUGUCGAGAUUUAGUUGUCCGCCGAUAAAUGUAUCCAUAUGGGAUAUACCAGGGAGAAACAUGGCUCCUGCACAGUUGAAAACGAUACUGAAAGAUAAGGAUGCCGUCUGUCUUGUUUAUGAUCGGACGAAUUUGUCAUCUACGGAAGAGUUAGUGAAGGUUAUCCCGGAUGUAUUUAAGUAUGCACCCGGGAAAGCGUUGUUUGUCAUCAUGGCAAACAAGGGCGAUGAAUUUCCUCAUCCCGAGUUGGGUACGAUGACUGACGUGCUGUAUGGUAUAAUAAAGAAACAUGGAAUCAAGGAAUAUGAUGUAUCCGCAAAGACUGGUUAUGGUGUGAGCAAUGUCUUCUUUAGUUUGGUUUUUGAUACGGCGUGUAGGAAAUUCACGGAGACAAAGCUGCGUGAAGCAGAAGCUCUAGAAACAGAAGUAUGAAAUGCAACUGCAUAGGAUCGUGUUUUACGAUUCCUGCAGAAAUGCAUUAUGGCGAUUAAUUAAGAUGCACAGUUUAUCAUUUACUUGUAUACUGAGGCAAAUGUUAUGAUGCUAGUGGCUGUACUGAAGACUAAAGCAGGAUAGUGAUCACACUGAGCUUUUGUUGCAGACAUCAAGGGACUAACUGCUCGAGAUCACUAAAUAGUCUGACUAGCAUUUGUGUGUCCUGGGUUUGAGGUUCUUCAGUUAGUGCCUCUAGCAAGGAAAGUUCUCAUUCCAAACAA